AGGAAUUGUAACAGACAGUAAUAUAUCGCCUAUUCAUAGUACUAACACGUCUAUGUUCAUCGAUGUUCCAAUUUUCGGGAUAUCCGUGCUAAUGCUUACGAGCUUUAUAUACAGCGAAAUAUUCGAAUUUUUCAUUUGACGAAAAUAUUUAUACCAAAGUUAAAAUAGCCCGGUACUUCAACAAGUUCUAGUCAUAGUUCUGUAGUAUUUUCUUUAAAAUAAAUGGCCAAUAUGUUAAUAAGGACUAGACAUCUUAAGUGCAAAACUAAAGUUGCGUUAAUGUUAAGGGUGACAUUGUUUUUUGCUAUUCCGUUUGCAUAUUUUGUGUUUAUGUGGUCUAUUAACAACAUAAAAAAAUAUGACGAAGCAAUUUAUUUAAAAUCAGAUUUUUCGAUUUCUUCUUCUCGUAAACUUUUGGGCAUAGUUGACAGCGACAGAAAUUGUACACCGGCUGCUAUUUUGGAAUUUCCACCUGAUGGAUUGACACGCUCACAGAGGCAACAUGGUUUUAUAUUAGUGCAUUGUUUGCUGGCAGUAUACUGUUUUUUGUUAUUGGGCGCCGUUUGCGAACAAUACUUCGUGCCGGUCAUCGACAUGAUAUGUGAACGUUUAAACAUGGAGGCGGAUAUCGCUGGAGCUACGUUCAUGGCAGCAGCCAGUUCAUGUCCUGAAUUAUUCAUCAAUUGCGUUGGGACGUUUGUAACCAAAGGCGACCUGGGAGUUGGGGCUAUAGUUGGAUCAGCUGUAUUCAAUGUACUAGCUGUUCCUGCGUGUUCCGCUCUCAUUGCUGGCAGGGUAAUAGACCUAGACUGGUGGUCCAUAUCUCGAGACUGCCUCAUGUACGCGGUUGCUGUUAUCACCCUAAUACUGACUCUUCUUGAUGACAAGAUUUAUUGGCAUGAAGCACUUCUACUCGUACUUAUGUAUACUGUAUACAUUCUAACGAUGGUUUUCAAUGGCUGGCUGGGUUCCAUAGCAAAAAGCGGCUGCUGCCUUUUUAAAAAACCAAAGUUGUAUACAGAAACAACACUUCUGAUAAUAAAAGAGAAACAACACUCUCUGGAUCCAUCUCGUCGCAUGUACUACACAAUACAUAGUAAUGUGGAUCAUGGAAUGGAGAUGACAAAAAGACAUAACUCUACAGGAUCAGAUAUUAGUAGCAAGAGCUCAAUUUGGUCUUGGCCGGACGAGAAAAAGUCUUCCUUGAAAAAGUGUUUCUGGGUACUGACGUGGCCUAUAAGCCUAUUGCUAUGGAUCACAAUUCCGGAUUGUCGGCGCCACCCUCGUCUGUAUCCUCUUACAUUUAUUAUGUGCAUCUCCUGGAUCGGUGGAGUGUCUUAUCUCAUUGCUUGGAUUAUAACGAUUUUUGGAGACACAUUGAAUCUACCAGACAGUAUAACUGGAUUGACUAUACUUGCGGCGGGAACAAGUCUGCCAGAAGCUGUUUCUAGUGUAAUAGUUACUGUUCAAGGAAAUGGUACAAUGGCUAUUAGCAAUUGUAUUGGAUCAAACACUUUCGAUAUCUUGCUCUGUUUGGGACUACCAUGGCUUGUGAAGUCAUUAUUCUAUCCUAUUACGCCUGGCAACUACUGGGUUUCCCUGAACUCAAGUGGUAUAUCGUAUAAUGCUAUCUCACUCUUAUCUACAUUAUUUGCCCUAUAUGGAUGUCUGGCUUUAAAUAAAUUUCAAUUGGAUUGGAAAAUUGGCACUACUUGUGCCAUAGCAUAUGUUGGCUUCUUGAUUAUUGCAACUCUCAUUGAACUGAACGUAUUUUUUGUAGUAAAUCUACCGACUUGUUUACACUGGUAAAUAAAAAUUUAUCGAAUACUAGUAGUGUAAUGUGAAAAAUGAAAUAAUUGUUGAAUAAAUCAAACAACUUUCAAAUAGUAAUUAAAAAUGUUGAAGUCGAAUUAUAUCGACUCCUCCAUUAUUAAUCAACCCAACUAAAAGUUGUAAUUCAUGUCCAGAUAUACGUCUAGUAACAUUAAUAUUUCAGCCAUUAUUUCAUUUAUAUAACUAAAACUACAGUUAUAAAAAAAUAUAUUUAAGAUACAAUAUAAUUAAUAUUUAUAUUAAUUUUUGCAUAUUUUUUUAAAGAAAAUUAUGUAUUUUUCAGUUGUUAACCCUUUUAAUAGACCUUCUUAUAAAAGUUCAUUAAUUAUUAAAUACUCGAAAAAAUAUUAUUAAAAAGGUAUUUAUGUUAAUUAGGUAUAGAAUAAAUUUACUUAUUUUAAUAAGUAAUAACAGAUAUGCUAUAUUAUAUUAAUUUUAAUACUUACAUCUAAGUGAUAUGUAAUAUAUCUUUUUAGAUACCAUUUAGAUGUAAAUAUUAAAGUAAAAUUAAACUAAAUUCUUGUUUGCUUAGUAAAGCUAAGUAGCUUGAGAAUUAAUUUAUUAUUAAUAACUUUAUUAUUGCACUAAUAUGCUUAAAGAUUAUCUUCUCAUCAAACAAACUUUCUCAAAGUAACGAGUCUUUAUAGAGAAGACUCGCAAGUUAACACGAGCAUUGUGAAUGACACAUCAAUGAUAUCCAGUAAUAUUUUCGUCUAAGCAAAUAUACCCACGAUUAUUUUCUAUUGACAACUGCUGUCAUUAUGAUGAAAAAUAAGUACAUAUUUACAUUUAUACCUAUUUGCAUGUAAUGUAAUGAAGUUUACUUCAACGUAUAAUUUUAUUGUAAAAAGUUUCGUUAAUACAUUAUUAAAUUAAAAUAUAAACAUAUAA